UGCCGCCUGUGAUUGGACGAGCGACGUGUGGUUCAUGCAAGUUCAGGAGGCAUGUUCUAAGUUCUCAAGUUGGAUGGGAAGAUUGAGAAGUGUGAGCUGCAUCUGUGACACAGCGGGGUCUCAAGAAAAAGCCACGGACCACGGAGACGGGCGAAGCCUCUAGGGGGCCAUGUCUGGUGGCAGUAGUGCUAACAACAGCUGGACCAUCCUCACUCCUGAGGAAACUGUUGCUGAAACCCUGAGGCCUUUGGCAGAGGGGAAGGAGCACCAUGAGGAAAGCCCUACAUCUGCAGCAGGUUCUGAGGAGAACCAGCCUGCAAAGGGUACAGAGUCUGCAAAGGGGCUCCCUGUGGAGGACCACCCGGUAUCAGAAGAAAAAACAGCAAAGCUAAGUGGAGACACAAGCACAGAUCAACCUGCCUCCGUGCCCGCCGCCAUCCCUGAUGACCCUGUUCCUACAUCUUUGGACGUGUCCAGCAGCUUGGUCCCUGACAGUGAUGCACUUAGUCAGUCGGAGGGCCUACCUGAGGGCCCGGCACAGUCCAGCCCUGAUCCAGAUUCAUUUUCUGACUCCUACACCCACAUAACCCCUUCCUCUGAUGAGGCCCCAGCCUCACUGCUGAGCACAGAGACUCUGGGAGGGGUGGAGCUCACACAGGAAAAAGAGACGCUCGAGCAAGAAGGAGCACAGCAUCCUCUAAAUGGAGAGGGGCUACAACAGGAAGGGGAGGAGUCGGACCUGUCUCCGACUGACCUAGGGAAACAGGCAGACUCCCCUGUGGAUUCAGAGGUGGCUGAGGAGAGCACUAAGACGGGAGAGGAGGGAGAGCCAGAGGUGAGGAGGAGGAGGUCUCUCUUAGCAGCUCUGGAGCGGAUCGGAAGGACAGAGGAGGAAGAGGAAAGGGAGGAAGACUUUCAGCUGCCACAUCGUGAGGAGGACAGCGGGUUCUCUGUGAACAAGUGCAUCCUCGGUGCUGUCAUACUGCUGGGCCUCGGCACCAUCUUUUUCUCAGGUGUCUUCAUGAACCUGGAUGAGGAGAGUGACUAUGGUACAAGGGAGCUGAAAGACGCAGAGUUACCAGGAAAACAGGAGUGGCUCAAUCCCGAGGUUCCCCCACCUCCGGUAGAUGCUGACAACACAGAGCUUCUAAAUAAGUUAGCCAAAGGGAGCGAGCAGAUUUCUGUGCUACAAGCUCAACUUCAGGCACAGAGAGAAGAGCUAAAAGUAGCCAAGGUUCAUGCAGCAGAGGGAGCAAAGGAGCAGCUGCGUUUGGAGGAGGUGGAGAAGGAAAACAGUAGGUUGAAGAAAGAGAUGGCAUCUCUCCCUGUCCUUCAGAAAGAGAACGAGAGGAUGAAGAGAGAGCUGGAGUCUCUCCCUGCCCUACAGAAAGAACUAGAAUCACUGAGAGCCACUGUGACUGAAUUAAAACUCUCUGCAGCAGCUGAAGCCCCAGUGAAGGCCGCUACGUCGCCCUCCAGUGGCCAACCAGAGGCCAGCACGCAGGGAACAGCCGGCUCCACAGAGAAACAGCCAAGGAAGCCAUCUGAUGAGCAGUGGGAGAAAAAGAAGGAUGUAAAGAAGGAUAAAAAGGACAUGGGCGAGAGGAAAGAGGGAGAGAAAUCUGAUUGGAAGGAAGGAGAGAAGAGAGAGUGGAAAGAUAUAGGCAAAACAGAAUGGAAAAAGGGGAAAUAUGAGCAAGGGAAGUUUGACAAGGAGCAAGGAAAGUUUGACAAGGAGAAAGAUAAGGAAGGAAAGCAGAAGAGGCACAGUGAUGAGACAAAACAGUGGAAGGAGAAGGAGUGGAAGAAAGGAAAGGCGAGCAGAGGUGAUGAAGGAAAGCCAUGGAAGGACAGGGAGGGGAAGAAUGAGCGGAUAGAAAAGAGUGAGAGAAAAGAAUGGAAGGAGGAGAAAGAGCUGAAAAAGGCAAGGCAUGAGAAGGUGAAUGAGGGUAAACAGUGGAGGGGUAAGGAGGAGAAGAGGGAUUGGAGGGCAGGAAAAGAGCAUGGAGAGAAGCCCAAGAGCAGGGAGGAGUGGAAGGGAGAGAAGGAAUGGAGGAAAGGGAAAGAUGGCUACAAGGAGAGUGGCAAAGAGAAGUGGGCAAAAAAAGAUUUGAAAGAGAAAGGAGAGAAGAAAGAGUGGCAGAAAGAUGACUGGAAGAGUAAAAACAGCAAGGAUCAUGGUAAAGAAGGGAAAUGGAAGGGUGAAAGGAAACCGUGGGAAGAGAGCAAAAAUCAUGACAAGGAAAGAAAGGGGAAGGACGAGAGGAAACAGUGGAACGAGAAUGAGCGGAAGAGUAAAAAUGGUAAAGAUGAUAAGGAUUGGAAGAGAAAGGAUGAGAGGAAACAGUGGGAAAAGAAAGAAGAGCAGGGCAAGAGAGGAGGACAGAAAGAGAAAAAAGAUUGGAACAAGGACAAGUCAAGCUCCCAGAAACACAAAGAUGAGCACAAACUCAACAGUAAUCACCUCCACGAGGAAGAGCACGUGUGGGGCGAGAGGAAGCCUCCUCACACACAUCGCCGUCCAUCCCUGGAACAGCCCGAGUACUGGGUCCGGCAGCGAGAUCGCCUCCAGGACAACCCCAAACCAGCACAGCUGUGUGACUCGCUGGAGACCUGUGCCCAGGCUGAGGGUCUGCUGCCUGUUCCCUUCCCUGAUUUCGAGGCCAUCCUCCAGACAUACCUCGCCAAGGCAGAGGAGGCCGGGGUGGAUGCCUCCAAAAGGGAAGAGCUCCAAAAGCUGGCCGCCGAAUUCUUCAAGGAUGGUCUCUUUGUUCACGACCAGAUGAGCUUCACCGAUUUCGUCGAAGAUUUGGCAGAUGUUUUGGAAGACAUGGUGGAAGGAGACGAAAGCGAUGAAGAAGAUAGCGACAUAGAGGACGAAAUGGAGGAGUUUGAAAAAGAAGUCCUGAAAAAGUUUUCAGUGCCAGGAGCUGGAGCGAAAGAAGAGCGAUCCAAAGGGGAGCGGAGGAAGGAGAGCGGACGAGGUCGUGGCUGACGGAAGUGAUAGAAUUGAUGGAUCUGUUAAAAGGAGCUAAGAGCCGUCAUGACGGAUGAGGGGUUAUUCAAAGGGAACAUUUUAUAUUGGACCACAAACGCUUACAAGUAUACAUUUAUCAUCCUGUCAGGCUUUUUACCGGAUCUUAUUUCACCCCCUCAUGUUGUUCAAGAAGUUCGGCUUAAAAUUUUAUUUCACCUUUGCGGGUCGUUUGGUAUUUUACCUGUGCACAUGCGCACACACACACACACACACAUUAGUACUAAAAUAUUGAGUUGGAUCUGAGAAUAAAUGCUGUAUAGUCUUAUUCACACACUACACCUCCUCCCAUUGCAAACGCCACUGUGCACUGUUCUAGUCUACCUAUUGACAUUACUCCAUCUUUACAUAUUAACUGCCCUAGCUUGACUCUUAACGUCCUUCAGUCAUUAACAGUUUUUAUAAAAGGGUGGAGUGAAUGUGACCUGCUGGGGAAAAAAAAAAAGUAGUGAAUAUUUUAUGUAAGAUUUAGAGAACGUUGCUUUGAUCGUGUUUUGAAUGUUUGUACAUAUCGCAUUAAAUGUGUUUAUGCAGAACUAUAUAAUUAACUUAUUUUAAUGAGGUUCUCACAAUAUGAAUAAGUAAACAAUUGGUUGGCACAUAAGGUAUCGACAUGUUGAACAUUUGUGUUUUCUUUUCAGGUACAGAACUCGUGUUGUGCACUAAUGUCUUUAACUAUUGUUUUAUCAUGAAUGUAACAGAUGUUAUUGAUUAGGUUGGUAAAAGAAGCAUGUUUUCUUUCUUAUUUGUUUGUUUAUACACUGACUUAUGAAACGUUGCUGAUUUAAGGGCCCGCAGCCACGUCGAGUGUUUAUCAGAGGGUGUCGAUGCAACAUAGAGAACUCUGUGUGAUUAGAUGUUCAUAUUUGCUCCUGUUACUGUCAUAAGAGCAGAAUAAUAAAUUGGCUGCAGCGCUGUGAUGAAAUAACAA